AUGCCAGACUGCGUCGAGACCCUGCCCGAUGCAGACCAGGGGGCUUCGGGUGGAAAAGACUGCCAUCGACCAGGUUCCGACCAGGUUCCGACCAGGAACAGUAUCGAUGUACUACUGCACAUGGGAUGGCAUGAUGGCCUGGGGGGAUGGGGGAGGGGAAAUCGCAGUCAGCUGUCAGGAUCGUGGUACUUUGGCCAGCCCGACGGCAUGGAAACAAAGUACAACGGUGCUUGCGAGUUGCUCUUCAGCCCGGCACUCGACUCGUACUAG